AUGUGGGCGACACAUUCGUCACCAGCAAUGCAAGCAUCACAGCAUGUCGAGUUGAGCUCCACUCCUCAUGAUCUCAGAGCCAUCAUAGAAGGAGUUUUAUUUUGUAGUGCUCUCCAAAUAAAGAAGUUCACCUUGAUCGGUGGAAAAAGUGAAAUAAUCACUUCCUUCACGGCAAUGUGGUUUCUCGGGGUGAUUCGUUUCUUGAUUCUUCUUCUUCUUCAUCGGUCUUGGUUGUGUUCUGCUAUUUUGGAUCCUGUUGAUUUUUUAGCAUUACAAUCGAUUAGAAAAUCGUUGGAGGAUAUGCCAGGGUCUAAUUACUUUUCUUCAUGGGAUUUCACUUCUGAUCCCUGUAAUUUCGCCGGCGUUUACUGCGAAGGGGAAAAAGUUGUGGCGCUGAACCUCGGCGAUCCACGCGCCGGUGCUCCUGGUUUAUCCGGUCGACUUAAUCCUGCUAUCGGAAAGUUGACUGCUCUCGCUGAGUUUACGGUUGUUCCUGGUCGGAUCAUGGGUGCAUUGCCGUCGACUUUGUCGCAACUGAAGAAUCUACGGUUUUUAGCCGUUAGUCGGAAUUUUAUCUCCCAUGAAAUUCCGGCGACAUUAGGUGAGCUUCGGUGGUUGAGGACGCUUGAUUUGAGUUACAAUCAGAUCACCGGUGGUGUUCCUUGGGCCAUUGGAAAUUUACCAUCAUUAACUAAUCUUAUCCUCUGUCACAAUCAUCUAUCCGGUUCUAUUCCUCAUUUUGCUUCUCAAACUCUAUCCCGGCUGGACCUCAAACACAACGAAUUAUCCGGUUCGAUUGCACCUGGUUCUCUCCCUCCUUCGUUACAAUACCUUUCCCUAUCUUGGAACCGGUUUUCUGGUCCGGUAGACCGUGUGAUAUCUCGACUGAACCGGUUAAACUACCUAGACCUAAGCCUGAACCAAUUCAACGGUCUAAUCCCGGGUUGCAUAUUCAGUUUCCCAAUCACCAACCUCCAACUCGAGCGAAACCAGUUUUCUGGACCGGUCCAGCCGGGAAGCUCGGUUUCAAUACAGACCGUUGAUCUUAGCCACAAUAUGUUGUAUGGAAAAGUGUCUCCACUUUUCGCAACCGUACAGAAUCUUUACCUGAACAACAACCGGUUCACCGGUUCAGUUCCGACGAUUUUUGUGGACCGGUUGAUGGCCGGCAGCAUACAGUUGUUAUACCUACAGCAUAAUUUUUUGACCGGAAUGCCGAUUAAUCCGAGGGCUUUGAUUCCUAUGAGCAGUUCGUUGUGUUUGCAGUACAAUUGCAUGAUCCCACCGGUUCAGACCCCAUGCCCGAUUAAUGCUGGUACCCAGAAGACCCGCCCCACUUCGCAGUGCAUGGAAUGGAAAGGCUAAAAUAGGGAAUUUAAUUUAUAUUAUAUUAUAUACUCGUUUAAUUUUGCUACUUAAUAUUACUAGAAAAGGUAAUCAUAUAUAUUACUUAUAUAUACUUUUGGGAGGGAGG